UUUUAUUAGAAUCACGCAGAUACGCAUGCAGACAAGGGGCACUGUGCAGACUUGGGUCACCUUGCCGUACUUUUGAUAGGGUCUCUUGUACACAAAAGGCUCAUGUGUCAAAAUGUAACAACAACGGGCAGAAUCUUCAUUGAUACACACACUGCAGUCAAAGCUAUGGAGAAGAGUGGUUUAACAGUAGAACAAGCCGAAUGUUUGACAGGAAUCUUGAUGAAUAUCAUGGAAAAAAGCACUGAGCUAAAUCAUAAAGAACUUGUAACUAAACAACAACAGGAAAUGGUGAUACAGCAAGUGAUGUCCCGCAUAGCCUCUGUUAAGAAAGACAUGGUGAUUCUAGAAAAAAGUGAAUUCUCUGCUCUUAGAAGUGAGAAUGAGAAAUUGGCAAUAGAAGUCAACCAACUGAGGCAACAAUUAGCUGAUGAAAUCCAAAAGCUUGCCAACACAGUGAAAUUAGACAUCAAUCUCGAGAGGAGUCGAUCAAUAGAGAUGUCUGCAGGGCAAGAACAAGAAUUGGAGAAGGUUACCCAAAGGAUACGGACAGAGGUGGCAAACAUGACAGCAAAAUUAGAAGCUACCAAAACAGAUAUGAUCAAAUACUUUGCCGGAACCCUCCUUGGGUGCUUAACGUUAGGUCUUGGUUUUUAUCGCAUCCUUCUCAUGUGACAUCUAGCACCACGUCUUCCUCCUCCUCGUAAUCAUCCUCACCAAGUAUUUUAAAAUACCACUGUGCAGCGAUGAGACAGAUGUGAGCAUGUAGUGCCAGUUUGUAAGAUCUUGGUCCCGUAACUCAAAGCCUAGCGUUUGAUGACAUUGGUAAUUUUCAUACCUGAUUACAUUAAAUAUUGUGUGUAGUGUACAAGCAACUGUACAAUCAAUCUUUAAUUUUUGUGUCAUCGGGCCCUGGACACAUACUAUUGCAUAAGUUUGUUAAUGUCAUGGCAUUCAAUGAAUUGAAAUGUUUGUGCUUUGUGAUAAACUUCUACUUAGAUGUCGAUGUGAUAACUGACAGAUUUCAUUUUCUUUUAUGUUUGUACUUGUUUAAGAUUAAUGUGUAUGUCGUUAAUUAACUGUAGUAAAGCUUUGAAAGCAUUCAAUGUUUCUCGAUGCUUAGACAUGCCCACAGCUUUCUGCCCGCAGCACAGUGAUGUUAACAGAUGGAGUACCUAAUUGUAUUUGGUACAUUCGCUCUUUCUAGAAAAGCUAAAACUCAUGGAACCAAUUUAUUUAGAGUUAAUAUUUUCUUUCUUCUUAGAAACAUAGUUGUGUGAUAUUUAUUGCCAAAGCCAUGUCAGAGAUAAUAUGAUGACUUGCCAUACGUAUCAAAGGAGAGAAUAUAAUUAUCUGCCUAAGAACUAGGUUAUUUAGAGGGUACCUUGGAGGAGGCUACUUUACAGGGUUUGAGUAUCCUACCCUGCAGUGAUAAUAAAAAUCAUGUAAUUAAAAAAAAUUGAAUAAUUCACCAAGAUUAUUUCUAUUUGUUUUGAGCAUGUGUGUCACACAUGGAGUAAAUAUUUAAAGAAUAUUUUUCCUUCCAUAAUUAUGUGAAAAUGAAAGAGAGUAAGAUUAUUAUGCAUAGAUUCAUCUAUAAAGUGAUACUGUGGCCCGUAUUCUGAAGUCGGUUUAACUUAAACUCAGGUUUAAAGUUGGGGUUCAAGUAUGGACAGCCAAUUGUUACAUAAUCACUAACAGUAGAGAUAUCAUACUUCAGCUCAUUUGGCUCUCAAAUCAUUCAUAAUUGUCUAGGAAGUAUAAAUAGAUGAUUAUCUUCACCAUCGAUGAAUCAGGAAAGAGCACAGUAAACACAAGUAACAUACAACUUAAUAAAUAUUUUGAUACUUUUGGCUUCCCAUACUUAAACCACAACUUUAAACCUGAGUUUAAGUUAAACCCGACUUCAGAAUACGGGCCAUAGCGUUUGUGUACAAUAGUGGGCCCCUCCCAAAUAUUGUGUCUUAUCUGGAUAAAGAUCUGUCACUGGUAAUGCUUGCCAUUUGUUGAUGCACUUUGAAUAUAUUUGUUCACGUCUGGAAAUAUUACAACAGAAAUUUAUUUUAAGAUAUCUAUUUUCAAAAUGAUGACUUCUGGUCUAAGAAAACCAUUUACUGUUAUACUGUUUCCUUGUGUUGUGAAGUUGCCAUCAUCUCAAUUCUCUAAAGUAUUGGUCAAAAAGUGAGAUUCCUUCCUAAUAUCAUGUUGGUCUUAAGAAAAACAGAAAUAGGAGAAGAAGAAUUAAUGAAUGAAAUUUUGAUGAAAAUCCAUUAAAAAAGCAGGAAUUGUUACCUUUAGGUCUCAUUUUUCUGGAUGACAAAUGCAAGCUGGUUUUCUAGACUAUGAAUUCCAUAAAACUGCUAUUUUUCACAAAUUUUUAAUGACUUCAAAGUAUAUUUCAUUCUCUCUUCUAUGAAAAAAAUUGUUUAUUUAUCAUGAACUGGAAAAAAGUAAUAUUGUGAUAUACUGCUUUAAAUGGGGAGCAGUUCCCAACUGACAUCACAAAAUUUUACCAUUUGAUGAAUUUUCACAAUGAUAUGUGUCUCCAAUUAAUUACUUUUUUCUUUGAAAACAACCAAAUGUCAGAUGAACUUUCCUCUUAAGUAUAUUUGUAUUAUGUGCAAAUUGACUGAUGAAAUUAAAUUAAUCUGGAUGCUGUCUGGAGGAUUUCUAGAAGAGAGCAAGGAAUUCAUUCAAAAUGAGAUAUACAUAUAGAUACAUUAGUGAACCAUUGGUGUAUGGGUAUUUAUUUAUUUUGAAGUAAAAAUGAAUUUUUGUAAUAAAUUGUAUUACAGACUAAUGUUAUAAUGAUAAUUGUGUAAAUGUCUUGUGAGCAGUUCAAGUUAUGUCAUGUAAAUCCCAGUAUAAAACAUGCAAUUGAAACCAAUGAUACAACUAUAGAUGACACUAAAUAUGAAUUACUGUCACUAUGUCAUUCGUUUUCACUGUUCAAUAGCACAAGUAACAGGGGCCGCGGAAGCGGGGGGGGGAUGGCGGGGCUUCAGCCCCCCCACUUUUUUCAAAAACCGUGUACAAAAACGUAAAAAUGACCAUAUGAUUGAGAUUUUUAGCAUGGUCAGCCCCCCCCCCCCCAACUUUUGGCUCAGCCCCCCCACUUUGAAAACCGUUCUGCGGCCCCUGAGUAACAAGGUACUUUGUCAUUGUGCAUAGUGUUCACUUCAUUCCUUGCCUCCCCUUUAUUCAAUGCAUGAUGGCUUGCUUGGUGCAUUUUUUUGUAUCUGUAUAGAUCUGUAUCUGCAUAGAUGAAACACUUAUUCUGCUAGAAUAUCUAUUUUUAUACAGUAUAUAAAAUAAUGAGCUUAUACACAAUUGAUUUUUCGACAUUGUACAGGGAAUAAAUUUUCUUACAAAAUUUGAUUAGCAAAUAGUCAAGAGAAAAUCUCUCAAAUAAGUUCUGCACAGUCCUAUGUAAAAAUUUGCUACACAAAAGACUUUUUUAAAUGUGUAACAAUGCCAGUAAAUUAUUCCCUGUUGUAUGUCAAUAUCUUUGUGUUAGACUGAAACUGAUAUAAUUUUAUUAUUUCCAUGAAGAGAUUAAACUUAAAGAAGCAAAGCCCUAAUGAUUUCACUCAGAUGACAACAAAAUUAAUGGAUUUUUACAUUUUUUUUGAAGUAGAAAAUUUGAAUAAAUGUAAUUUCAUGUAAUAAUUCCACAUGAAAUGGGAAAUUACUUCAUCAACUCACUCAUUGCAUAUUCAGGAUUGGAUGCAUAUAAGUGUUUCAACAAAAUAAUGUAAAAGAGUAAAAUAACAUUACUCUGCUAUUCUGUUUUCGAAUUUGAUGAGAUUUUAAGUGUUUAUUUUGUUUGAUAUUUUCUUGGUAUUUGAUCAUACUGUUUUGAGCCAGGAGAAACCUGUAAGUAACUUAAAUCAAAGAAUAAGAUAAGGUAGCAUCAUAUGCAACUAUAUAUAAAUAAGGAUGAAAUUACUUUUCUGUUGAAAUUCGUCUUGUUCUUAUGACCAAGUGUAACAAUUGUUUAUUGUUUUCUAUGUUAAACAUAACUUUACCUUAAAUCAUGAGAUGUGAUAUUAUCAUUAAACUAUACUUUCUUAUAAA